CUCCCCACCCCCUCACUUCCCUUCUCUUGAUCCUCCAGCGGCGCACUCAGCGACGGAGGCCAACAAAGCACAACUCGAAAGUCAUUCGGAUACGUUCGAAAACAAUCACUGGUUAUGGCGGCAAUCAGGAAAAAGCUGGUCAUAGUGGGGGAUGGCGCGUGCGGUAAGACAUGCCUGCUGAUUGUGUUCAGCAAGGACCAGUUUCCCGAGGUCUACGUGCCCACCGUGUUCGAGAACUACGUGGCGGACAUUGAAGUGGACAGCAAACAGGUGGAAUUAGCGCUGUGGGACACAGCUGGUCAAGAAGACUACGACCGACUGCGCCCUCUCUCAUAUCCAGAUACUGAUGUUAUUCUUAUGUGCUUCUCCAUUGACAGUCCCGAUAGUCUCGAGAACAUCCCAGAGAAGUGGACUCCAGAGGUAAAACACUUCUGCCCUAACGUCCCUAUUAUCCUUGUGGGAAACAAAAAGGACCUGCGCAACGAUGAGCACACCCGCAGGGAGCUUGCCAAAAUGAAGCAGGAACCCGUGAAGCAGGAGGAUGGACGGGACAUGGCCAACAGGAUCGGUGCCUUUGGAUACAUGGAGUGCUCUGCCAAAACAAAGGAUGGCGUGAGGGAAGUCUUUGAGAUGGCCACCCGGGCGGCACUACAGGCCCGACGGGGAAAGAAGAACAAUAAAUGUACCCUCCUGUAAACUGGGAUGGCAAGGGACUGCUUCCUGUUUGGGGAAAAAGGAGCAGAGGGUCAAGUCCCCCCCAACAAACAAAAACACCCACACAAAAGACUGUUUUCUCACCAGUUUUUAAAAAAGGUGCAACGCUUUUACUUUGUUUGUUUUUGUCUUAAGCUGAAGUAGGUUCUGUCAGUAUUGGAAAUAUUUUUUUUUGUACUAAAGCAUCAGUCAAUCGGCCAUAAUGAAACCGCCAGUAUCACCUGUCAUGAGAAGUCAGCAAACCUGCCAACUAGUUAAGUGCUGAAGCCCUGCCUGCUGACCUGACGAAUGUUUCCACAGCCAACUAGGGUAAAAGUACCUGAUCACUGUGACUUCUUGAACAAGCUAACGCACAUGUGAAGUCAACGUUUGUUUGGUGCGCUCCAUUGACGAAUCCCUGUGUGCAUCGUGACGAUGUACACGAUAGGAGACUGGAAACUCAAUUUUGUUAACACGCAAAUGGAAACUUAGUGUUUUGUGUAAUAAAUUACUUUGUAAGAAUCUU